UUUUGUAGUAGUGAUGUUUUCUAGCACAUUCUUUGCAGUGUAGUUGUGUCGUGACCUGUUGCUUGUUGUGACGUUUUGUUGGUGCUGUGUUUGUGUUACAGUGGCAGGCAGGAGACACUGAGGCACAGGUCCUCGAGGAGCAGAACAUGCUGGCUCGCCUGGCCCUGGAGGGGAAGGAAGACGUGGCACAGCUACUUAAGACACAGGCUGAGGAGCAUGCAAGACAGAUCAAACAACUCAAGAAACAACUCAGGAAAGACCUAGACCAGGCCCGUGAGGCGGUGCGUGCCCAGCAGAACCGACCCCAGCUGCCUCCAGACGGAGACGUCAGUAAGGACCCUGCUGCCCAGUGGAUAGAGUUCAACAGGGAGCUUCAGGCUCAGUUGUCCCAGCAGACAGCAGAGCUGGAAUCCAUGAAGCAGAGAGAGAGACAGCUGAAGCAGAGGCUUGCCUCAGCGAUGGGUAGAGAAGAGGAGGACGUAGAGGCCGAUGCAUUCGGCCCCCUGCUGACAGAACCCACAGAAACAGAGUACUUAAAGAAGGUCAUGUUUGAAUAUAUGAUGGGCAGGGAAACAAAGACAAUGGCCAAGGUCAUAGCCGCCAUCUUGAAGUUCCCAGCGGAACAGACCAGGCAAAUUCUGGAGCAAGAGGAGACAAAAGCAACGUCAUAAUGUGCGCUUGUAUGGUGUGCCACACGUGGAUGGGAUGGCUGUCACCUCUAACUUCACCUUAACUCAAACAGUACUGCAGAGAAGCACUUUGCUGUUCUUCACUGUUGCAGUCCAGCAAGACUAACAAUUACUGUAAAAGGCUAAAGUUAGUACAGAAUGUACAAAAAAUAUAGUAUUUGAUUAGUACAUUCAUUGCAAAGAUGUAUAAUAUUAUAUUAUGAAAUAUUAUGGCAACAGUAUUUCUUAACCACUAUGGCUACUGUAUCAGAAUUGUUGUACAUAAUUAUUAAAAGAUGCUAUAAUACGAAAUAUAAGUCAAGGAAAAUGUUGUCCGAUUAGCCACACAGGCAUCCUACAAACAGAAGGAUAAUAUACAAUAUUCUAAAAGUUCUGAAAUAAAAUGUUUUGAAUGUUCGAUAUAGUAAAAUGCCUGUUGUGAUUUUCAAUUCUAUGGGUAAAG